AUGGCGGCGGUCGGAAUGCUGCAGAUGUUGAUUGAAGCUGCUGAAUACCUUGACCGUAGGGAAAGAGCUGAACAUGGCUAUGCCUCAAUCCCACCCUUCAUCAGCAGUCAUGAGAGGGACAGCUUGAAAAGGAAAAGCAAAAGCAAGAAAAACACAAGUAGCAGGUCUACGCACAAUGAAAUGGAAAAAAACAGACGAGCACAUCUACGGCUGUGUUUAGAGAGGUUGAAAUCCCUGGUUCCAUUGGGGCCAGACACCAGCAGACACACCACCCUGAGUCUGCUCAUGAAGGCCAAAGACCACAUCAAGCGGCUGGAGGAGAGCGACCGCAGAGCACAGCACACUUUAGAGCAGCUCCAGCGUGAGCGGCGGCACCUGAGGAGACGACUGGAGCAGCUGGGGGUGGAGAGGACCCGCAUGGACAGCACCGGCUCCACCCCGGCCUCCGAGAAGUCCGACUCGGACCAAGAGGACCUGGACGUGGACGUGGAGGGCACAGACUUCCUGCUGGGUGACCUGGAGUGGAGCACCUCGAGCGUGAGCGACUCGGGGGACGAGCGGGGAAGCCUCCGGAGCAGCUGCAGCGACGAGGGCUACUCCAGCGCCAGCCUGCCCCACCUGCAGAACGCUCAGGACCCUCAGGACAGGCUCAAGCCGCACCUGCUGACCUCCUAA